ACAAUAGCGUUCUAUAUAAAGUUACAACUGCAGGUACCCUGGUUUUUCCUUUCCAUUGUGAAGCGUGACAUUAUAGAAGAAGAACGCACGAGAAAAAUGGGCGCAAUUUCUGCAAACUUAAAAAUUAGUUCAGUGGUUUCGUUUUAUUUACUAACGUUAUUGUGCCUUGACUUUGUGAGCGGGAAGAUAACCAACACGCGGGAUCGACAAAAGGAUGAAGACUUCCGCAAGCUGGACGCCAUCCGCCAGGAGCCGCCCUGCGUCACCGCCGGGGGGUUCUGCACGACCCUGGCGGACUGCCCGGCGGGCGCGUUGCUGGGCACCCCCGGGCUGUGUCCCCGCCAGCAGCGGGACGGCAUCGAGUGCUGUCAGCAGUUAUCCCUGAAAGAAACCCGCUGCCGGCGCCACGGGGGCCGCUGCGUGCCGCUGGACGAGGCCUGCCGGCCGCAGCUCGGGUACCUGGGAGCCACCGACUGCCCCGAAGACACUAGGUGCUGCAUACUUACCCGAUGAUAAACAUUGCAAUAAAGAGAUAGGUAUUCAUACAUACUUAUAAAAUACUUCCUAAAAAUAAUAAAACACUAUCUUCGCAUCAUCACCUCGUACGAGCCUUCGUCAAUAUUAUCGAGCUUCCCUCCAUAACUGAUGAUAACUUGAUGUGAAGUAUGUAGAUUUGAGCUUUAAUGUAAGAUAAGCAUGAAAGACUGUGUUUAAAAUGCACCAUGUUUAAGAUAAGAUAAUUUUUAUUAAUUAAAAAUUAAAUAAAUAUGA